ACUCUCUCUCCUCAACUCCUCCACUCCUCGCUUCUCUCUCUUCUCAUCUUCGACUUCUCUUUGAGUAAGAGGAGAGCAGAUAGCGGCAGAAGAGUAAAGCAACCGCCUCCCCUGCCUCCUGCCGUUUUUCUUCUCCAUUGUCCUCAUCUCGUUCCGUGUCGGUCUUCCGACCUUCCUCCAUUGCUCUCACCUCUCGAUCUCUUUCUACCUACCCCGCCCACGGUUGCUGGGAUCCCAGAUCGAGGCAGAAGGCGCCUGGAGAAGCCGACGAGGUCCAUUCUUCACACCUUCCUACGGCUAUUCCUCGUUUCCAGCGUCUCAAAUACACGAUCGGCCGGUCGCGGGGUCCUUGGACUCCCUGCCUCACGAUGCUCCGGCAUUGUGGUAGUCAGUGGUGAGUCGGCUAAAUCUAAGCGAAUGCUCGUUGUUGUCUUCUCUGGGUUUUGAUUCCAGAGUGGGCCGUCACUUUGCUGGCUUGAUCUAGUAGAUCUGAAUCGAGCUUCCAUCUUGAUGAGGGCUCGAGGGCUUCGGAUUUUUUGAUCGUGUGGUGUUGCUGGUGAACGGAUAAGGAAGAGCUUUUUCAGGCUAAGAAGAUGGACUCUGACACUCCUCUCGACUGUGCUGUAUUUGAGCUAUCGCCAAGGCGGUCAAGAUGCGAGCUGUUUGUAUCUGGAAAUGGGAGGACCGAGAAGAUUGCCUCUGGUUUCUUAAAGCCAUUUCUCACACAUUUGAAGGUUGCAGAAGAGCAGGCUGCGUGUUCAGACGAGAUGAUAAAACUGGAAGUUGACGGAUCAACGAGUGGCCACGGAUGGUUUAAUAAAGGAACUCUGGAAAGGUUUGUUCGGUUUGUCAGUACUCCUGAGGUGCUGGAGUCAGCCAUCACCUGUGACGCAGAGAUAUCACAGUUGGAAGGCGCCAGACGAAUAUAUUCACAGGGUAUCGGAAAUACACUUUCUUGUAGACCAAGUGAAGAUGUUAUCAGUUCUGUAGAAGAUGCAGAUGUAACAAAGUUUGCUAUAAAUUUUCCAACAUGUCUCACAUGUAUGCCGAGACUUGUUGCAAAAAUCGCACCAAACUCGUGGCUUAUCAUCAUACCUACAUUGCAUGACACUCCUUCAGCUUUCUUCUCUUCUGAAUUCGGCAAAUACUUCACCAAUGGAUUGGAGAGGAGGAACGAACUUCUAAGAGCCAUUGAUUUGAGGCUUGUCACUCUUAAGCAAGACCUGGCCAAAGCGUGUGCUCGGGCUUGUUCUGCUGGAUUUUCUAUUGAUAAUGUCUCUGAGCUUCUUCUCUUUGCCGAGUAUUUUGGUGCAAUUCGUCUAAUUGAGGCAUGCAACAAAUUCAUUUUCCUUUGUCAAAAGUAUUCCGAUCUUAUUGCCCAUCAGUCACAGUCUCUGCAUCAGCAUUUGAAAAGCUUUGCAGACAAAAACCUCUGUUCCUCUUCAAGCUCAGACAUGUCAACAGAUGAGCCAGAGUUGCAAGUUGGUGCUAGUAAACCUCCUGUUGGUGGUGAUCCUCAAGAUCAGAAACCUAACAGCCAAACAUUAAGGACAGUGUCGACAGUGUUUUCAGGUGCAACUCAGCAAGCCAUGUCCAUCCUGCGGCAGAAGGCAGUGUCGGAGGAGCCUAUUUCCUCUGCUUCAUCAGCUAAUGAGCCAUCUCGGCAGGAUGGAGGGGGAUCUAGACGGCUAAGUGUCCAGGACCGAAUCAACAUGUUUGAAAGCAAACAAAAGGAACAGUCAGCAAACUCUGGAAAUAUCAUUUCUGCAGGUGCCAAUAGGGUAAUAUCAGGUAAAGGCCAUAGGAGGCUCUCUUCUGAUGUUUCGGAGAAGUCAGUGUUGAGAAGGUGGAGUGGUGCUAGUGACAUGAGCAUUGAUCUUACCAGCAGCACCAGUAACAGUAUUAAUGAUGUUAGAGGAAGUGGGAGCACUGUUGAAACACCUACUUCUACCAACUUACAGCUUCCAUUGAGAAAUAAAACUGAGGAGACCAAGGCUGCAGGAUUGAGGGAUACUGUCACAUCACAAUGCUGGUUGGAUCAAAGAACAACAGAUACUUCACCUUCAUUGCAUUCCGAGGACAAAGGAUUUUCUGGUGAUGGAGAUGGAAACAAGGAUGAAGGUGUCAGGUCCUCUAUUAACAAGAACAGGCCAGAUGUAGAGAAGGGCAAGCACUGUGUCUCUACAGGACAGGAUGAACAAAUGGGAAUUGACAAUAAAAAUUGUAAGGUUGUACACCAAAAAACCCUUCCAGUAAACAGAAAUGAUACUGAUUCACUAAAUCUCGCAAUAUCUACCUUACAGUCAGAAGAAGGGAACCAAUUUCAAAUGAAAGAUCAAAUAACACUACUUGAAGUAGGACAAACUCGAUCUAUUGCCACCGAGCAACUUGAUCGGAGAGAUCAAGAAAUUGCACAUCCUUGGACCAGAGAAACUCUUGGCACAGAUGGUGCUGGUACAAAGAAUCAAGCAAAAUUAGGCAACCAAUCCUCGACAUCUGGGAGAAGGACAAGUGUAGAAGUGAAAGCAAAAGGUCCAUUUGGUUCUCAGGUUCAGCUGAAAGUUUUAUCAAGUUCACAUUCAGAAAGUGAUUUACAGACUUCUCAAACCCAGGGGAAAACUCUCCCUGUAAAAAUGGAGGAAGCUGGAGCAAGAAAUGUUCCUGCCUCACAUGUAACUUCUAGAAAUUCUCUAGUUAAAACAAAAGAAUAUGCCUAUAGCAUGGACAAAAAAAAUCAGCAAAAAUUAUCCGUUUGUGAGACAAACAUAGAGGAAUUAAAAAAUAAUGAAACAAACUCUGUGCCAGCUUUGCUUUCUAGGAAUUCUAAGAAAACACAGAAUGUAGUUGAGCCGCCUUCUACCCAUCAGAAGGAACAGCUUCAAGUUAUGAAACAAUCAAAAGGAAAUCAGGACUUAAAUGAUGAACUAAGAACAAAGGCUAAUGAGUUGGAAAAGCUUUUUGCUGCACAUAAGCUCAGAACUGCUAUUGAUCAGACAGCUAAUAAUCGAAGAAGCACACCUGUGGAAUUUGAUGAUCAGGUUCCUGUGGCUAUGGAUAAAAGACAUGCAAUGAUACCUCCUGAUCACUUGCUUAAGAAAUCCACGAGGGAAAUUUCUGAAAAGGAAAUGGAAACAGAUGCCACAUUUCUAAAACCAAUGGCAGAUAAAAAGGACUAUGGUUCUGCUAAUGAAAAAUUUGACAACUUCAGCUCAUCAAAUGAUUCAAGAGGAAAGUUGUAUUAUGCAUACACGCAAAAACGGGAUGCUAAGCUAGUGGUAGAGUCGCAAACAAAAAGGGCUCAAAAGGAAGCGAAAAUGAAGGCAAUGCGGGACAGUCUAGAACACAGUCAGGCUGAAAUGAAUUCAAGAUACACAGUAUCUGCUGCUAGACAGGUUUCAAAAAAAAAAUAUCUUCGGGCAGAAAAAGUGGGAUCUUUUGGAAAAAGACAAAAUGAGGCUGUUGAAUCUGUUGCUGAAGAGGAGGAAGACGUGGAUAAACUAUAUGAUCAAGGCCAGCAUACAUCUUAUAAUGAUCUGUUUGCUAAUAAUCAUUUUAAAAGCACGAAGCUUUUGCCUAACAAAGCUUUGUCUUGUUCCACACCUCGGACAACAGUAAUUUCAAAUCCUAAGCCUUCUGUUAAAUCUGCCAAAUUAGUUUCCACAAAGAACAGAUCACAAACUGAAAAUCCUCUUUCUGAAUCACUUCCUAACUUCACUGACUUCAGAAAGGAAAAUACAAAACCAUCAACAGCAAUUAACAGGGUAAAUAAAAGAGAGAGAAUUAAAAUUCUUUCUCGAAGCAAGAGCAUUGUUGAAGAGACUAACCAUGUUAUGGAAGACAAGUCACAUAGGUUUCUGUCCAUGAGAAAUAGUGCUGCAAUGCCUGGUGAAUUGGAGGACCUUUCUCUUCUCAAUUCUGAUAUUCUUGAUACUGCACUCACUGGGUUUGAUAAGCCACAUGCAGAUACAGUUUUUACCAAUGAAGCUCAAAAGAGCAAGGAGCUGAAGUUGUUUGUCAGGAAAGGGAAAGGUGCCGCUCCUAGUUCAGGAAUUAGCAUUUCUAAUCCUAAAGCCUCUGUUGUUUCAGGUUUAAUUCAGCAAGGCAACUCACCUGAUUUGGAUAAAGAUACACAUGAGAGAUCAUCUGUUCAAGAAGAUCCUGAGCCUGCUGACUAUCUGCUUGAUUCAGAUAGUGAAAAGUUAAGGUGUAGUCAAGAAUAUGAGAACUCUGAUGAUUUUGGCUCAGAGGAUGGUGAUUUUCAGUCACUUUCCCAAGUAGAUUACAGUACAGCUCCCGUUUCCCCCAAUAAGCAUUCUGCAGGGAAUGCAGAAGUGCCACCAGGAGAAAGCCCUCGAUCAUGGAACUUUAAUGUGCACCCUGAGGCAUCAGAUAUUGAUGUUUGUGCAGAUUCACCUAUCGGCAGUCUGGCAUCAUGGACCUUAAAUCCAUUAAACCCAUUGGAGGCAGAUGCUGCUUGGAUGAGAAAAAAAUGGGGAAGUGCUCAGAUGCCUUUGAUUGCUGCUCAUGCAUCACAACAAUCGCGCAAGGAUGUUACAAAAGGGUUCAAACGAUUACUGAAAUUUGGAAGGAAGAGUAGGGGUGCGGAGACUCUAGUCUCGGAUUGGGUUUCUGCUUCAACAGCUUCUGAAGGUGAUGAUGAUACUGAAGAUGGUCGUGAUGUGACAAACAGACCAACAGAAGAUUUGAGAAAGUCUAGAAUGGGUUAUCCACUUGUCCAUGAUGGGUUUAAUGAAGGAGAGAUGUUUUCUGAACGAGCUGAAUCAUUACGAAGCUCCAUUCAAAACCCUCCUGCAAAUUUCAAACUUAGAGAGGAUCAUCUGGGUGGGGGCUCCCUGAAAGCACCACGAUCUCUCUUCUCGUUAUCUUCAUUUCGAAGCAAGGAAACCAAGCUUAGGUGACACUGGAUUGCCUGAAGUAUCCAAUUUUCCAAUAGAUUCGUUAUAGCGGCUUCAGUGAUGAAUCCCGUCUAUUGUUUGCUGUGAGUUCUUAGCUACCUUGCCACUGUCUUCUCAUUGUAGAUUUGGAUGAUUUAUAAUCUGUUAGUCUAACUUAUCAAUUAGCACGGCAAUGUUGUAUGGCCCGAGGUGUUGUCUUCUCCACUUAUAGCAUGCUUUUAUAUGAUGAUAUAAAAACAUUGUUUUGAACUACAGUGGUUCGACUCAAUUUUAUAAUAUACAAUCUUCUUCA